GUUGUAUCUGUUACAACUUCGAUUCUCAAUUUCUCAAUUGCAGAAGUUGAAAUCGAAGAGUAGAUUUAAUUCAGCUUUAUAUUCGUAAAGAAGUAUAAGGAAAAAAAAUUGAAAAAAAAUGGCUCCUCCUCCUCCUCCUCUCGGCGAAAAGUCAUCAGAAGUCAAGGAGUCCACCGCCGUCGAUAACCGCCCUAUCUCCACCAUCGUCUUCAUCAUCGCUAUGCAAACGGAGGCGUUACCUCUUGUAAACAAGUUUCAGCUCACCGAGGACCUCGAUUCCGUGUUCCCAAAGGGAGUCCCUUGGGUGCGGUUCUAUGGUAAUUACAAGGGUCUCGCCAUUAACAUUGUUUGUCCUGGGAAAGACCCAGCAUUGGGGGUCGAUGGUGUGGGCACGGUUUCUGCAUCUCUUGUGACAUAUGCUUCUAUCCAAGCAUUAAAGCCAGACCUCAUCAUAAAUGCUGGCACAGCAGGUGCAUUUGGGGCCAAAGGUGCUUCAAUAGGAGAUGUGUUUCUUGCAUCAGAAGUUGCUUUCCAUGACAGAAGAAUACCAAUUCCAGUAUUUGAUAUAUAUGGAGUUGGAUCGCGGAAGGCUUUUGCUACACCCAAUCUUCUGAAGGAGCUUAACCUAAAGGUUGGCAAACUGUCCACUGGUGACUCUCUAGAUAUGUCUCCAAUGGAUGAAGCAUCUAUUGUUGCAAAUGAUGCAACAGUUAAAGACAUGGAGGGAGCAGCCGUAGCUUAUGUGGCAGAUCUGUUGAAAGUUCCUGUCAUUUUUCUGAAAGCUGUAACCGACAUUGUGGAUGGUGAUAAACCAACAGCGGAGGAGUUUCUGCAAAAUCUGGCAGCAGUAACAGCUGCUCUUGAUCAAACUGCCACCCUAGUUGUUGAUUGCAUCAGUGGGAAAUGCUUGUCCGAACUGUGAUUUAAUCUUAUUUCAUCCCGUACGUGCUUCAGCGGGAAACGGACAAUACUGGGUUUCCAAUAUCGGUGGUCUCAUUAGGUAACAUUCAGAUUUCUGGGCAGUGGAAAUGUUAUGUUCCUUCGAACUGCAUAAUAUUCUUCUAGUGUGCAUUGCAUCAGCCUCAUAUUGUUCCAGCUAGUUUCUAAAGGUAGCUGCUAUUUUGAAACUGUUGUAAAAUUAAUCAAGAAUUUUUAUUUUAGUUGGAGUAGGGUUGUGCGGUUAUGGUAUCCUUAUAAAAGUUUAGUGUUUUGAGAACGAAUAAUCCGCGAAGCACAUGAACUACUGUUCAGCAACCUGAGGUUCAGUGUUGAAUGGAAACCUCUAUUUGUCGAAUUGAA